UUGAGUAAAAACUAAUUAACAAUCUCAAUCUACAAAUUGUUUUGAAGUUCUUUCAUAACGACAAAGAAGCAAGAGAAUGGGUUCCUUAAGCUUUCUUCAAAAGCCUCAUGCAGUCUGCAUUCCUUACCCAGCUCAAGGCCACAUAAACCCCAUGCUCAAACUAGCCAAACUCCUCCACCACAAAGGCUUCCAUAUCACCUUUGUUAACACCGAGUAUAACCAUAAGCGCCUCCUCAAAUCUCGAGGCCCCGACUCUCUCAACGGCCUCCCUACCUUUCAGUUUCAUACCAUCCCCGAUGGCCUCCCUCCAACCGACGCUGAUGCCACCCAGGACAUACCAUCCCUGUGCCAGUCCACCAAGAAAACCUGCUUGGCUCCCUUUAGAAACCUCCUCUCCAUGCUCAAUGACACUUCUUCAUCUGACGUUCCUCCUGUAACUUGCAUAAUUUCUGAUGGGGCCAUGAGCUUCACUCUUGAUGCAGCACAGGAGCUGGAUAUUCCUGAGGUUCUGUUUUGGACAACUAGUGCUUGUGGUUUUAUGGCCUACCUUCAAUGUCAUCAGUUAAUUGACAAGGGUCUCACGCCAUUGAAAGAUGAGAGCUACUUAACUAAUGGUUACCUGGAUACCGUUAUAGAUUGGAUUCCAGGCAUGAAAGGUAUCCGCUUGAGGGAUAUACCACCUUUUAUCAGAACCACAGAUCCUGGAGACGCUAUGAUUGAUUUUAUAAUCUCAGAGACUGAAAGAUGUCAAAAAGCCUCUGCAAUUAUCUUGAAUACAUUUGAUGCCUUGGAGCAUGAUGUUUUAACUGCACUUUCUACAUUAUUGCCCCCUGUAUACUCCAUUGGCUCUCUUCACCUUCUCCUCGAUAACGUUGAAGAUAAGGACUUGAAGUUGAUUGGAUCAAACUUAUGGAAAGAAGAAUCUGGGUGUCUUGAAUGGCUCGACUCAAAAGAACCCAACUCAGUCGUUUACGUGAAUUUCGGAAGCAUCACUGUCAUGACAAACGAGCAGUUGGUAGAGUUUGCUUGGGGACUUGCUAAUAGCAACAAAACAUUUAUGUGGGUUAUCAGGCCUGAUCUUGUCGCCGGACAUACCGCCGUUCUCCCGCCAGAGUUUGUGACAGUGACUAAAGAAAGAGGUCUUUUAGCAAGCUGGUGCCCCCAGGAACAAGUGCUAAGCCACCCAUCAAUUGGAGGGUUCUUAACACACUGUGGAUGGAACUCUACCCUUGAAAGCAUCUGUGCAGGAGUACCAAUGAUUUGUUGGCCUUUCUUCGCAGAGCAACAAACCAAUUGCCGUUACAUUUGCAGUGAAUGGGGCAUUGGCAUGGAGAUAAACAGUGAUGUGAAGAGGAAUGAAGUUGAGAGCCUUUUGAUAGAGUUAAUGGAAGGAGACAAGGGUAAAGAAAUGAAGAAGAAAGCCAUGGAAUGGAGGCAGAUGGCAAAAGAGGCUACUGCGAGUCUCGGAGGCUCAUCUGUCCAGAAUUUGGAAAACGUCAUCAACCAAGCUCUACUGUCAUCUUCUACAGAUUAGACAAGCCGAUGAAAUCUAUCGUUGUAUUUUUUUUCUUCUUGGUUAAUUAUCGUUUAAUUUUUAUAUUUUAAUUAAAUUAAUAUUUAUCUUCAUACUUUAAAAAUCAUAUUAUUUAUUUUUU